AUGGAUGGGAUCUGGACUUUCGUUGUGUGUGUGGGAGUUUUGUGUUCUGCUGUGCCUGGUUUGACUCAGGACUCAUCCAGGACAUUGUUUCUGAUCUCAAAUCCAGAGGUGUUGUAUGCUGGGACACCUACUUCCCUGGCUGUCACCGUCCUCGCUGACUUCCCUGGCAGGGUGAUGGCUGAGCUGACACAUGGCGACACCAAAGUAUCCCAGACAGAGGAGUUCCAAGGAGGUGUGACCAGGGUCCUCAUACUUCCUCCUCUCCAGAUUCUCAGCUCUACGACCCAGAAUUCCCUCAUAAACUUGACGGUGAGGGGCUACAGGGGGGAUGAUGUCAUUUUCACUAACACCACCACUCUCAGCUUCAGCCCCAGGAACGUCUCCCCCUUCAUUCAAACGGACAGAUCACGCUACCAUCCAGGCGAUACUGUCAAAGUCAGAGUUGUGUCUGUUCAGUUGGAUAACCAUCCAUACAAAGGCAGAGUGGAAAUCUCUAUACGGGAUCCCAGUGGGGACGUUGUGGACAGGUGGGAGUCCACAGGGAAUCUGGGGAUUGUGUUGCGGGAAUUCAUCUUGUCCCUGACACCGCCUCUUGGGAUGUGGGCGAUCACAACCACAGUGAAUGACGCAACUGAUGAGAGAGAAUUCAUUGUGGAGGAUUACGAGCAUCCUCACUUUGAAGUGUUGUUGAAGACACCCUCUCAGGUUCUCAUUGGUGAUGACAUCUCAGGAUCAGUGAGAGCGCUUUACCCCAGUGGACAGCCUGUACAGGGAACACUAGCUGUCACUCUGGCGUCUGUUGUGCAUGAUGAAGCCACUCCAUUCACGCUAACACAAACUAAAGAGAUCUACGGGUCAACACAGUUUUACUUCAGCGAAAACCAGCUUCAAGGAAUCAGCAGCCGUGUGCAUGUUGCUGCCUGCGUUACUGACAGCUCCACAGGAUUUAAAGUGAACAAAACAGUGGAAGUCCACCUCAUGGCGAGCACAUACCAGCUAGUGUUCAAAGACUUUCCACCUACACUAAAGCCAACUUUAGACUUCUCUGCAAAACUAAGGAUCCUCAGAUAUGACGGAAAGCCACUGAGCCAGCAGGAUCUAAUGAACUCUGCUGUGAUUGAAGUCACUCAGAGAACAUCCACGAUGAAUGCUGACUCCACAACACUUACACUUCCAGUGCCUGAGGACGGGAACGUCCACAUUAAGUUUAGAUUACCGGAUCAAGUGCGGAUGCUUUUUAUUCGGGCAAGAUUCCAAACCACUGAGGAGACUCUGACUGUCUACAACAACCACUCCUCUCCUAGUGGCUCGUAUAUUCAGAUCUCCCCAAUUGACACCUUACCUGCACAGAUUGGAUUGCCGCUUCAGCUCGAUGUGAGGAGCACCUUUCAAACAACUAAUCUUCACUUUGUGGUGAGCUCUAGAGGUCAGGUGGUGGCUGCUGGGACACAGAAUUCCUCCUCUUUCUCUCUGACACCAACAGUGUCCUGGUCUCCUGAGGCAUGUGUCACUGUCUACUGCAUCCUUUCUGACGCAGAGGUCACCAGCGACACGGCGCACAUACCCAUCGACCAACACAACCAUGUAUCUCUUAGCUGGAGCACUGACAAAGCCCAGCCAGGUGAGCCGGUAACGCUCACCGUGACUGCUCCUGAAGCGAGAUUCCAGGUAGGAAUCGCUGUAAUGGGGGCUCAUGAUGACGCUCCACAGGCUGACCUCGACUUAAAAGAGGAGCAGGGAUGUAAUAUUAGGAUGCUGACCAAUACCAGAUUAUAUAAAGGAGAGCAGCCUGAUGGACCUAACAAUGAAGGAGAUGUUCUAAUGGUAGAAAGGUACUGGAGCCACUGGAUGGGUGCCUAUGAGUCCCUACUGUGGUUAGACACUUAUGUUAGUGAUAAUACAUGGACGAGUGGAGAAAUAACGGUGCCAGAUGGUGUUACCUCUUUGAAAGCUGCUGCACUGGUCAUGUCAGACAAUCUGGGUUUGGGUUUCACUCCUGUGCCCCACAAGUUGACCGUGUCCAAAGAUUUCUCCUUGUCUCUUGAUGUUCCAUCAUACCUCAUCAGAGGGGAGGAGAUUGUCUUGGAGGUGAAGGUCAUCAACCAUUUAGAGCACAACAUAGAGGUCAUUCUGCUGCUGGCGCAGAGUGAGGCCUUCGAGUUUGUUUUGGCAGACAAAGGGGAUGUCUCGGUGGUAAAUGCCCAAAAACUCACCUUAGGGAGUCAUGCCUCUGCGUCAGCGCUGUUCCCUAUAAGGCCCAUGGAUCUGGGCGAGAUGGAAAUAUCUGUAGAUGCCGUAUCUGCAGAGGCCUCCGACAGCCUUAUUUGGAAAGUGCUUGUGAAGCCUGAGGGAGUUGAGCAGUCUUUCUCGGAGUCUCUGUUCCUGGAGAUGGCACUAGUGAAACACAACAGUUCCAGAUCCAUCUCCUUCUCCUUUCCACCAGAUGUGGUGCCGGGCAGCCAGAGAGCCCAUGUGGCAUUGGUUGGCGAUAUCUUGGCCAUCCGCAACUUGGAUUCGCUGGUUCAGAUGCCUCUUGGUUGUGGGGAGCAGAACAUGAUCCACUUUGCUCCAAGUAUUUAUGUUCUCCAGUACCUGGACAAGUCAGUCCAGGACAACAAAGAGAUCAGGAGCAGGGCUUUGGGCUACAUGAUGGAAGGUUAUCAGAGACAAUUGUCCUACCAACGAGAAGAUGGUUCAUUCAGUGCUUUUGGAGCAAGCGACACCUCUGGUAGCAUAUGGUUGACAGCCUUUGUGCUGAGGUGCUUCCUUCAGGCUCAGUCCUACAUGCAGGUGGACCAGAGUGUCUUAACCAGGGCCAUGACUUGGCUUUUGAAACACCAGGGGCCCCAGGGAGCGUUUAUUGAGGUGGGCAAGUUGAUCCACACGGAGAUGCAGGGAGGACUGGAUGAUGGUUCAGUGGGACUCACUGCCUACGUACUGAUGGCACUGCUGGAGGAUGAGACCUACGUGGACAUGUACUCAGGCAACGUGUCCCUGGCCCAGAAGUACCUGGAGGACAGAGUGUCCACUGGAGUGGUCAGUAACUACAGCCUGUGUCUGGUAGCCUAUGCUUUAGCUCUGGCCAAUAGUCCUGUGGCUGACACUGCCCUGGAUCAGCUCAGCAGGAGAGCGGACUACAGAGAUGGAGUCAUGCUGUGGAGAUCCUCAGCCGGCCUGGAGUCACAUGACUGGCAGCCGCGCUCGGUGCAGAUCGAGAUGACUUCUUACGUCCUGCUGGCUUUUUAUCGGCGUGGCCGCUUGGUGGCAGGCAUUGCACUCUUGAAAUGGUUAAGCAAUCAGAGAAACCAUCUAGGAGGCUACGGGACAACACAGGACACAAUAGUUGCCCUUCAGGCUCUGGCUUGUUACGCUGCCUUCAGUGGUGCCAACGCCAUCGACCUAAGGCUCAGACUAUCUGACCAAGCGUCUUCAUUUGUGUCUCUUUUCCACAUCAACUCCAGCAACUAUCUGACAUAUCAGACCCGUGAGAUUAAUGCUGACAGAGAGGUAAACCUAAAUAUAUACAUGGAAGGAAGAGGAUUUGCAAUAUUCCAGAUGAAUAUCUUUUACAACCUGGAGAGCAGAGCUUUUUCACAGAACCUCCAGCACGGCAAUGAUGAGGAGGCUUUCUCAUUAGAUGUACACAUGGAAGAGGACCUUGAUCACAUGCUGUUAUCUAUAUGUAUGAGGUUAAAGAACAACCAGGUGAUAUCUCAGACGGGCAUGGUUAUGUUGGAUGUUGGCAUGCUCAGUGGUUGCAGUCUCUCACCUGGAGCUGCUGCCCCAAGAGAUCUUAUCAGAAAGGUGGAGAUACUUCCAGAGAAAGUCAGCCUCUACCUAAAUUCACUUAACAAGUCAGAGGUUUGCAUCAGACUACCAAUAAUCAGAGUUUACAAGGUGGCCCACGUACAGGACGCAGUGGUGCAGGUUUACGACUACUAUGAACCCACGAGAAAAGCAAAAAGGACAUACAACUCAGAUGUUCUGCACAACAUGAACUCCUGCUACUACUGUGGUACAAACUGUGAUCUCUGUAGGCCAGGAAUCACCAUCACAGUGUCCUCCCUGUCUGCUCACUCAAGAAGCAGUGCCACCCACAGCUUAAUUUGCCUAUUUCUGGGAGUCACUGCUUUUUUUAUUGUGGUCUAAUUAGAUUGAAUUAUAGCUAAGAAAUAAUUAGAUGUAAUGUUAAAUUUUAGCAUGUAUGCACAUUGAUAUGCACUGGAUGCAAUUCCAAAAGAUUUUUUAUACAAGUUCAUAUUUCAUGUCAAAUGAUUAUAAUAUUUAGAGGCAUGUUUGCAUGUGGCUCUUUCGCUCUGUG